AUGAACGUUUUGGUUUACCUCUCACCGGAUCCUACUACAUCCUCCAACUUGAAAGAAAAGCCAUCAAGACUUGGUACUGCCUCCCCCUUCAUUUAUCUAAAAGGGAUCCGUGAGAUUACUUGGGGCUUAAACUUCCUCGCUCUACAAUAUUAUCAGCAAGACUUCGCUAUUACGAUCUUCGCUGGUGUUGUAUCCUUGGCUGAGCUGGGUGAUGGAUGGACGGUCUGGGCAAAUGGGGGCGAGAGGCUGAAAAUGAAGGCUUUUGGUCACUUGGCUGUGGACCUUGGAACUGCAGCGUGGUUCCUUUGGAGGGCAUUACAAUGA